AUGAACGCAGUAGCCAACUCGCAGCCUUACUGGGAAGAAUUCCCUUGCCUCUCGACAUGCCAAACAACAUGGCAGACCAACACUCACCCAGAAGAUCAUCGCUGGGCCCGCCAAAACCCAUCACACCAGACCGACUAUCCAUUAGCGUCGCCAUCCUCUCCCGCCAAGACCACCUCGUUCAGCUUGGUCGAGACAUUCCAGCAAAAUAACCGCAACCCACAAGCCCCACAACUAUACCACCGAACUGGAAACCAAGGCGUCUUUGAAUCAAAGAUGCACCGCCCGAAUUUGACAAUACCAUGGAGACCCUAG